AUGGAAGCAGCCCUAUACUCUUGUGAGGAUAGUUGCAUUGAGUUACUUCCGGGUGGCGGAUUGUCUGAUCUGGAAUAUGUAGGCAACCUUAUGCUACUAAGUGAAGUUCCAGAGAACACCACUCAUGCGAUCGACAUCGUGUCUCCCAACAGAAAUCUCUAUCAAGACCCCCUAAUCACUCUGCCAUCGGGUGUCCCAUCGCCAGUCUCCACCUCCAUUUCGUCUAACGGUACCACUUGCAGUAAUUCGUCGCUGUUCUCCUCAUCCAUCGUGUGUUGUACUGUUCCAACGCUAGCGAUGACCACACAAGUGACCCCAGCCCUUCCCACAGUACUCUCCUCGCUUCAAUCUCGAAUAUUGGCUGUGCAAAAUAAAGCUAACAUUGUAGAUCUUGAUUCGUCCACAUUAUCCCCGAAACCCUCGGAAGAUGUUAGUUCGUCAUCCAUUCGGAUGCAUGGAAACACGGACGGGAACAAUCAAACAAUCAGACGUGCAUCGAGCGCCGGAAUAGUUCUAACCACUGGACCUGAAACGCUACUUCCCGGGACAUUGGCACUCGCUUCCAGGUAG